AUGGCCUCGAGGCCGACCGCAAGGUUGCACACGGCGACCGCACUCACGCGACGGGCACACACGCCGCAGAUGGCGGCUGCCCAUAAACUAGAGGAGGCUCCUGGCUGGUCUCUGCGGAAGGUGGUGGUCAUCUGCCUGGUGAUCCUGGAUGCACUCCUGGUGCUUGCCGAGCUCAUCCUGGACCUGAGGAUUAUCCAGCCCGACAAGAACAACUAUGCGGCCCAGGUGUUCCACUUCAUGAGCAUCGCCAUCCUGUUCGUCUUUAUGGUGGAGGUUUUCCUGAAAAUCUUCAUCUUCCACCUGGAGUUCUUCCACCACAAGUUUGAGAUCCUGGACGCCAUUGUGGUGGUAGUGUCUUUUGUCCUGGACAUUGUCCUUCUGUUUCGGGAACACGAGUUCGAGGCCCUGGGCCUGCUGAUCCUGCUGCGGCUGUGGCGUGUGGCCCGGAUCAUCAACGGGAUCAUCAUCUCGGUGAAGACGCGCUCCGAGCGGCAGCUCCUGCGGCUGAAGCAGAUGAACGUCCAGCUGGCCGCCAAGAUCCAGCACCUGGAGUUCAGCUGCACGGAGAAGGAGCGCGAGAUCGAGAGGCUGCACGGGCUGCUGCGCGGGCACGGGCUGCUGCCGGGCGAGGCCUAGGCCUCGGGGAGGGCGGGAGGCCCGGCCCCGCCGCACCGCGGACCGCGGGGACCGACGUCCGCCCCGUCCACUCCGUCCUCGGUUCCCGCGGGUGGCGGGCCGCGCGCCCUCUGCAAGGAGAAGCAGCCGCUUGGCGAAAAGCCCUCCAUUCCCGCUUUGUAAGGAGCUGGUGUUGGGGCGCCGGCCCUGGGGGGUGAGGCCCAGCGGCACCCCGGCUUCCAGCCGCUCCGCCUUUCCCCCUUCACUGCGGUCCACGCUGCGCCUGCAACCUGCCUGCGCCCCCCCAUCCCCGCACCCCUGC